UUCUUUGGUUAUUAAAAAAGAAAAUUCAUACUCGACUUGGAAAAUGGAAUCAAAGGUGCUCCCAGUGACGAUUGACGGGAUCAAAUAUGACCUUCUUCAACCCGAGGACCAAGAAGUAGCUGCUGACCUCGUUGUAAAUGACUUUUGCCUUACCGAGCCGUGUUCAAGGUCACUAGGAAUACAGCCCGAGGAGUCGUUGCCAAUAGUGAAGUUGAUCUGCGCCCGAGGCAUUGCGGAUCGCGUCAGUUUGAAGGCCGAGGACGCCACGACCGGCGAAUUGGUCGGAUUGCGAGUAUCUCUGCUCCGGCGCCGGGACGCCAAGGGCGCCGACGAGGCGGAAUUCCGCGACUGCUUGCAGCAAGUUCCGACUCGGCUGCACCCGUUUGCUGAUUUCAUUGCGAAUCACAGCGGCGGCGAGGCGGCGGCUGACAUUUUUGGCACAUACGGUGUCGAUCAAUACGUCGAGUUUUUCCUCGUCAACGUGCAUCAGGCUUAUCGAGGAAAACAAAUUGCACAAAGGAUACUGCAACUUUGCUAUGACCUUUACCGCGAAAUGGGCGUUCACAUCGUCAAAGUUUUGGCAACUAAUCCAAGAACAAAUCACAUUUUCCGCAAGCAAGGCUUCCAGGAAAUCUCAAACUACCCCGUGAUGAAUUUCAUGCACGAUGGAAGACGAUAUUUUGAAAACAUGGAAGAGACGGAGAAUGCUUUCACCUUUGUCAAGGACCUGAGGAAAUGACAAGAAAAUUUUCCUGGGUGAAGUUGCCAAUAAAACGAACACAAACUGCAAUUCAAAACGGCGCUGCUUGAGCUUUCCGAUGCCGUAGGAAUUUAUUGUAACAAACUGCGUACGUAAAAAAAAUUUGCAAGAAAAUUCCCGUCAACAAUUGAUAAAAUGAACAAGACUUCAUAUCAUGUCACGAGGAAAAAUUACGGAUGUCACACGACGGUUAAAAAAUUCAUUUGAAAAAGUGAAUGCGUAACACUGCCUCAGAACAAUGAAUAUUUUAUCAAUUUUCUACUGGCGAAGCGAGACACAAAUUGCAAAACCAGCGCUUUCAGUCAAUCUAAUCAAAAAUUAUUGUGUGUCCAUUAUUCUGCUUGUUGUUAGAUCGUAUUGUAUCUCCAUUCAGAAGUCGAGCGACAGAAAUGAAGACAUCAUUGAAUUGAA